AGCGCAAAGGCCUCUUGCAGUGAGCGCCAAGAGUGUCGUAGCGCACAUUGCGACUUUCUGUCGUGCAUUAGCAUGGUGAGAUUAACUCGGUCCACUCGGAUAUCACUUAUCGUUACGGCAGUGAUUGCUUGGCACUUAUCAUCGUGCUGCAGCGACUCCGAGGCGAGCUGCAGCGAAGCAGUCUGCGCGAGAGUGGUGACCAAGUGCUUGCUAACCGAGCACUGCAAAUGCGACUUUGCCGGUCGAAACUACACUUGCCACAAGCAUUGCUUCAGCUGCUUGGCCGAACUCUGCUACGACUGCUGCUCGUGCUUCGGCAUGUGCCCGAAAACGCCGGGCAAUGUGUUGAACAAGGUGUCGAAUAUCGAGGAGCUCGACGAGCCGAUUCCACAGCUGUUCGAGAUCUACGCCGGUCUAGGCAGCGACGAGCAACUACCACCGAGAUACACUGCCCUCACAUUCCUCCAAGAAAAGAGGAUGAGGCUAGGGGGUGGCCAGAUACGAGUCAUCCGGCGGAACUGCACGGUCGCAUACAUAACCAAAUGUAUGACCAGCGAGGACUGCAAUACCAUGUGCCAGAAUAUGGGAGCAUCUUACACUCGAUGGUUUCACGAUGGUUGCUGCGAGUGCGUUGGCAACAGUUGCUUUGAUUAUGGACUCGGCGAAGGUAAAUGUGCCCGUUGCCCACCAAAUUUUGAGAAAUAUGCCGACCAAAAUGAUUUAUAUUAUGGGGAGGAUGAUGACGACGAAUAUUUCGAGGAAAUCGACGAUUAUCAUAAUAACUGGACGACCAAUAUUACGUAUGAGGAUGAGAAAGUGGCAGCUGCCCGGAAAGCUCGGGCACAUCGUGAUUGACAUAACUAGAUUCUUGUUAUUAUUAUCAUCACAACUUAAUAUGAGACAAAGUGGCUACGAAAUUGCCAUCGAUUCUGAUAAAUAAGCAUUUCGCGGGUUACAUUUUUGAUUUGUAGAAAAUACAAGAACGUACAGAAAGCUUGAAGAAACAAUUCCAUUAUAAAUUAUCGUUAUACUUUUACCAAUUCAAGGAUAAAUGAAAAAUCGUUUUAUUUCUUGAUAAAUUAUCAAAGACAACUUUAGAUAAUAACGUUUUCCGUAAUAAUUCUGAACAAUA